UCCCCAUUACCUCCUAACUAGUUCAUUUUCUAAAAUGAAUUUCGUUUUGGUGUGUCUCCAUAUCUUCGCAAUAUUAGUGGUAGCCUCAGCGGGUACCACUGGCCACGAGACGCGAUCGUUGAAUUCCAAAUGGCAAGAGGUGAACUCAGAAGAAUGCGGUCCCAUAAAAUUCGGACAUAGAAUAACGGGAGGGAAAGCAGCACAUCUGGGUCGAUAUCCUUGGAUGGCCAGGCUGGGUUACGAGAGGGAAGAUAAGACGAUCAAGUUCAAAUGCGGAGGGUCUUUGAUCAACCAGAAAUACGUCCUCACUGCUGGCCAUUGCGUUCACGGUUGGGAAAAGCAAUUGCAAGUCAUCCGGCUCGGGGAACAUUUUACGAACACCACCGAGGAUUGCGAAGAUGACAUAUGCGCUCCUCCCGUACAGGAUAUAGGCGUAGACAAGUUACUGGUUCAUCCGGAUUAUGACCGCAGCACGAUAAAAAACGACAUAUGUCUCAUUCGGCUCGCAGAGGAGGCGGAGUAUAACGCUUUCGUCAAACCAAUUUGCCUCCCGCGUGACGAGAUGCUAACCAAGAACUACAUUACCAAACCCGUCGAAAUUGCGGGAUGGGGGGUCGUAAAUUCCGACACUCACGAGGAAUCCAACACGCUGUUGUGCGUCACCCUUCCAAUAAGGGAUCUGUGCGCCUGCAGCGAUGCCAUGCCUGGUCUCCAAAUUGACAACAAACAGUUCUGCGUAGGCCUUGAAACCGGUGAAGAUUCCUGCACUGGAGACUCCGGUGGACCCAUGAUGAUGAUGGAGCGCAUAAAGGAAACUAGGAAAUAUUACGUGCUGGGUAUAGUUUCAGUCGGUAAGAGCUAUUGUGGGGAGUCGCCUGCUGUGUACACAAACGUCGUUAAGUACAAUGAAUGGAUUUUGGAAACAAUUGCUUCAACUGAACAGCAAUACGACGCAGUCACGGAAGUACCCGAGGAAAAAGAUAAUUAUCCCCACCCCAGUGAACAGAACAACAGCAGUUCCCUCUGGGAAAAACUACCAAAGGAAUGUGGAAGAACGAAGUACGAUAAACAAAAAGUAAGGAUCAUCGAUGGCGAUGUGGCAGACAUUGGACAGUUUCCAUGGCUAGUUAGGAUAGGACAAACCGAGAACGAUACUAUAAAUUUCUACUGUGGAGGGUCCCUUAUUAACAAGUAUUACGUUGUCACAGCAGCACACUGUGAAGACGACGGGGACAUAGUGAGACUGGGCGAGAACUACCUAAAAACCGACAUAGAUUGUGAUCGACACGGUGAUUGCGCUCCGCCUCAUCAAGACAUCAAAGUAAAACAGUAUAGGUUUUUGGAAUUUCAACAUGAUACGCACCUUAACGAUCUCGGAUUGAUUGAACUGGAGCAACCUGCUACCUUUAAUGAGUAUGUGCAACCCAUAUGUCUUCCACGUGAUCCGCUCCCUCAUAAAGAUCUUGUAUCGAAGAUGGUAAACAUAGCAGGAUGGGGAGUGAUCAAUAUUAAAACUUACUCAAGUGCCACUAAACUGAUGUAUGUAGUUAUCCCUAUAGCGGACGAAAAGGAAUGUAAUGCAAUGUAUCCGCAUCGUCUGGCGGACAGCCAGCUUUGUAUUGGAUUUACAGAAGGAGGGAAGGACUCGUGCGGGGGAGAUUCUGGUGGGCCAGCGUCCAUGUCCAUGAAGUAUUUGAAAAACAAUUCCAAUGUCAAUAAUCCUACAAACAAUAUGAUUCUUGUUCAAAUAUACGCUUUAUCAACGUUCUUUCUUGUCGCGAAUGGUGAAAGUUCCGACACGUGGCCAUUGCCAAAGGACUGUGGUAGAACUAGAUUCCUUGCCAAAAAAUCUAGAAUCAUUGAUGGUGAUAAAGCUGAACUUGGACAGUUUCCAUGGAUGGCUAGGAUAGGUUCCAUUAUAUCCAAAAAAAAAUUUUUUUACUGCGGUGGAUCACUGAUCAGCAAGUAUUACGUGAUUAGUGCUGCGCACUGCGAACCACUGGUAAACGAUAUUGUGAGGCUCGGAGAAAACUACUUGGAAACGGACAUCGAUUGUAGCAAGAGAGUGUGCGCUCCCCCACACCAAGACAUACGAAUAAAAAAAUUCUUGUACCACAAGGAUUACUGUUUAAAGAGUUUUGCGAAUGACUUUGGUCUAAUAGAAUUGAGAGAGGCUGUCAAAUUCAAUGACUUUGUCCAACCUAUCUGCUUUCCAUCUGGUUUACUGCCACGUGAAGGCCUUAAGAAAGAAAAUGUAUUGAUAGCAGGGUGGGGUUUAAUAAAAACAAAACCUCCUAAGGAACCAAAAUUUUUGAUGUACAUCUCUGCCCCGGUAUUAGAUAAUCAACCUUGCAAUUCAUUAUUUAGAGAGAAAUUGUUGAACAGUCAGCUAUGUAUUGGAUAUGACAAAGGUAAAGACUCUUGUGUUGGGGAUUCAGGUGGUCCAGUGUUUAAGACCAUAAUGGAAGAUGGGAAACCGAAGGUAUAUUUGAUUGGGGUCGUUUCAUAUGGAUUAGUGAAUUGUGGAGCAGGUCCUGCCGUCUAUACCGAUGUUUCUUCUUAUGUAAACUGGACACUUGACAGAAUUGAAAACGUUUAAAGAUUAUUGUUCUUGUAAAUCAUAAUGGA